AUGGGAAUUGUAGAAAACUUAAAAAUUAUCGCACUAUUUCCCCUUAGAAUUUUAAGAUAUAAAACUGGAAGUAAUGUGAAGAGGGAACGAGUUAUUAAACUAGGCAUUUUAUGCAGAAAAUCAUGGGUUUUCUUCCCACCAAUUAUGCUAUACCAAUACCUACGACAAACUGACAAGGAUCAUUAUACAACUGAGUUGUUUUAUAAGAAUUCAUCUAGUGAUGAUUCAAAGGCCUUUUAUGACCCAGACAAGCCCAAACACCUGAGGGACUGGAAAAUACAAAGCGAUCUCGCACUACUUUCAUUAGUCGCAAAUCAAAAGGUAGAACAAACCAAUACAGAAGAUGAUUAA